UGGAGCUCAUGAAUUCACCACUUGAAUAAGUCCCAUCUCGUUCCUAGAAAUCAGUAACGACCCGACUUUUGACGUUGGGAUCACCGCAUCCCUAAUGUCGCGAUGGGGAGCCGCCGGGGCGCGGUUGCAGUUCCUCCGGCAAGUCUCGCACUACCUCAUCCGCUAUGCGACCUGGAUCCCGCCGCUUAUCUGGUUCAACGCCUAUGUCGCCGAGGUCACCUUUAUUCGCGGCCCGUCCAUGUACCCGUUUCUUAACCCACAGUAUAACGAGUCACUAAAGAAGGAUUUGUGUUUGGUUUGGAAGCUUUAUGCUCAUGAGGGGCUGCGGAGGGGGAUGGUUGUUACCUUCAGAAACCCGAACGAUCCCAACAAAGUCACUGUCAAGAGGAUCGUGGGCCUCGAGGGGGACGUGGUGAGGACGAAGCCGCCGUAUCCGUACCAGCAUGUUAUUGUUCCUGAGGGCCACGUCUGGGUUGAAGGGGACGGGGAGCUCAGCAAGGAUAGCAACUACUACGGCCCUAUAUCUGCGAGGCUCAUCACGGGAAAGAUCACGCAUAUCCUGUCGCCGUGGGACCGGGCGGGACGGUUACGCCCGCUGCCUGGGCGGCGCAAUCCUCUGUCCAUUUCCCUCGGGGCGAUGGUGCUUGGCUUUCAGACGGCCAAUCGCACCCCGUCAACCGUCCCGACGCCCACGGGGAGUGUCCCGGACCUGGACCCGGCCGCCCUCGACCAUGGACAUACGGAUCACGCGCACAUCCUGUCGCAUGCCAUCGCCACUGGAACCGAAUCUUUGCGCAUUCAUAAUAAUAUGAGGUCUCAAGAUGGAGAGGUGGAAGGGCGCCCGCCUUAUUUGCACUGCAUGCUUGCUGGAGGGUUGGGCGGAUCCACCGGUGAUAUGCUCAUGCACUCGCUCGACACAGUCAAGACACGGCAGCAAGGCGAUCCCCAUAUCCCCCCCAAGUACACUUCGCUAGGGUCGUCCUACCUCAAGAUAUUCCGACAAGAAGGGUUCCGACGUGGGCUCUAUGGCGGCUGGAUUCCUGCCCUCGCCGGUUCGUUUCCAGCUACGUGCUUCUUCUUUGGAAGCUACGAGUGGAGCAAGCGGCAGAUGCUGGACUAUGGCGUUCAGCCGCAUCUGGCGUACUUGCUGGCCGGCUUUAUCGGCGACUUUGCCGCAUCCAUCGUAUACGUUCCAUCAGAGGUGGUCAAGACUCGCCUGCAGUUACAAGGGCGACAUAACAACCCCUUUUUCACGUCGGGGUACAAUUAUAGGGGAACAGUCGAUGCUGUGAGGACCAUCGUUCGAACAGAAGGCGUCUCCGCUCUCUUUCACGGCUAUGGAGCCACUCUGUGGCGCGAUCUCCCCUUCUCAGCCCUCCAAUUCAUGUUCUACGAGCAAGGCCAAAGUUGGGCGCAUCGGUAUAAAGGCAGCCGUGACAUCGGCUGGCAUUUGGAGCUCCUGACAGGCGCGGCAGCUGGCGGUCUCGCUGGUACGAUGACGUGUCCCCUUGACGUUGUCAAAACUCGACUCCAGACCCAGGUCCAUCCGGAAGCUGGAGGACUCGGCCCAACGCCCACUGCUGAUACACCGGCAACCGGAACGGCCAAGGACGGGCAUAUGAAGACGGCUACUGAGACGGCAUCAAGACUCCAAAAACGUUUAAUAUCAACCUCAUCUCCAUCAACGCACACGCCUAAACCCGGGGCUGUCAUGUUGGAGACGUCCUCCAUGAUCACCGGCCUUCGACUGAUCUACAAGGCAGAAGGUGUCGCUGGCUGGUUUAGAGGUGUCGGGCCGAGGGCAGCCUGGACCAGCAUCCAAAGCGGAUGCAUGUUGUUCCUCUACCAGUCGAUUCUGCGCAAGCUGGAAGUGUACAUGCCCAUGGAGCGACGCGAACUAGCCUGACGAUGCGAAACAUGCCCAAGGUACCUAGAUAGCGAGUCAUUUGCAGAUCGGGGCCUGCUUGUACUAUUUUGUGUUCAUACUUUGCGAUUCGGGGAGGCUACACAUGGGAGAGGCGUUUGGUGUGGACUGGAUAGAAGCAUACCACAUUAGAGAUAGACAUGUGACUGUACUUAUACCAUCUUGAUUCCGCCACACGUUGGCAGUUCUGGAACUUCCCAUUGACUCGGCCGGAAUCACAUCUAAC